UUGUGAGGAUCAUCUUGCAUAUAAUCCAUUUUUAUUAAAAUUGACUGAAAUAAAAAUAAGAUAACAAAUUAGAAGGAGUAGUAGGUGUUCAAAUCAAUCUUUGAGUAAAUAGUAAAUACAUUUCAAAUCAAUCAGUGCUUAAGAUCUUCAAUGGCUCAGCCUCAGCCUCCCCAUAUAGCCAUUCUUGGAGCUGGCAUUUUUGUUAAAACUCAAUAUAUUCCCAGAUUAGCUGAGAUUCCUAAUCUAUUUCUUCUCAGAGCUAUUUGGAGUCGCACUGAGGAAUCUGCCAGAAGUGCUGUUGAAAUAGCACAGAAGCAUUUCCCAAAUGUGGAAUGUAAGUGGGGAGAUGCUGGGCUCGAGGAGAUCAUUAAGGAUAGUUCCAUUACUGGUGUUGCUGUGGUUCUUGCUGGACAAACAAUGGUGGAUAUGUCACUGAGGUUGCUUAAGGCAGGAAAGCAUGUCCUUCAAGAGAAACCAGCCGCCGCAACUGUGGACGAGGCAGAAAAAGCAUUGACUCACUAUAAUUCUCUUAGCGCCACAUUGACUCAGCAACCAAUAUGGGCAGUUGCAGAAAAUUAUCGCUUCGAACCUGCUUUCAUUGAGAGCAAGAAGCUAAUUUCUGAAAUUGGAGAAAUGAUGAAUAUCCAAGUAAUUAUUGAAGGAUCAAUGAACAGUUCAAAUCCUUACUUCGCCAGCUCCUGGAGACGCCAGUUUGUUGGUGGUUUCAUUCUAGACAUGGGCGUACAUUUUGUAGCUGGACUUAGGAUGCUUGUUGGAUGUGAGAUUGCAUCAUUGUCAUCCAUGAAUUCUCAUGUAGAUAAGACUUUGCCGCCUCCGGAUAACAUCUCGUCGAUAUUUCAACUGGAGAAUGGGUGUUCAGGAGUUUUUGUGAUGGUGGUAUCUUCAAAGUCACCAAAGAUAAUCUGGCGAGUUGUGGGUUUGAACGGAGUGCUGCAAGUUGAGCGUGGUUACAAGGAUGGAAAGCAUGGCUACUCAGUUUCCCUACAUAUGGCUGAUGGUCAAAGUCAGACUUUCUUUUAUCCAUUUAGUGGGGUCACUGAUGAACUGAGAGCAUUUCUAUCAGAUAUAUCAGCGGCCGACUUGAAGAAGGACCACAGUUCCCACAUCGAUCCUCGUCUCUCAUUUGCUGAAGGUGCUCGUGAUGUUGCUGUCUUAGAUGCGAUGCUCGAAUCAGGAAAGAGACAAGGAGCUCUGGUCCAAGUAAAAAAGUUCUAGUUUUAUUCAGGCCUUACUCUCCUUAAAUAUGUCAUCGAUCCACAUUAGGCUUCGUCUUCUACCAUGAAACGGAUACACUACUGGAAAUAAACGAUUCAUAACCCGAGGCUACAAAAGAAAGAGAGAAGGAUCGAUCAGUGAUUUCGUCCUCUUAUUGUCUAUAAACUCGACGAUUUCUUGGUCAGAACCAUUGUACUAGUCUUGACCCUAUAGUGAAGUUGAGAAUUUUAAUUCAUUGAGAUCCUUUUGUAUUGGAAAUUUAGUUACCUAACCUUGGUUGAAGCAGAAGAAAAACUGAUGAAAAACAAUUUUGAUCAUAUUUUACAUGUCUGGUAAAAUGCUUCAUUAUACAAUUUGUGUGUAACAUAUGGCUUUCUCUAAAUGUUUUUUCUUAUGAUAGAGAAAUUUGUAGCCA